GCUUGUAAAAAAAUGUUUCUUCCUCCGCCUCCUUGCUAGCAGAGCAGCUCAGCUAGCUAGCAGACAACCUCACCAAACCUUAUAGUUUCUGUUGUUAUUAUUAUUAUGAAUUAAUUGAUCACUGUAGUAUAGUCGACUGGGGUUUUCCAUAAAUCUGACAACAAGCCAUCUUUCAAAAUGAACAUACGAAACGCGAGGCCGGAGGACCUUAUGAAUAUGCAGCACUGCAACCUGCUGUGUCUUCCAGAAAACUACCAGAUGAAAUACUAUUUCUAUCACGGACUGUCCUGGCCUCAGCUCUCAUACAUUGCUGAAGACGAAAAUGGCAAAAUAGUGGGUUACGUGUUGGCAAAGAUGGAGGAGGAUCCGGAUGAUGUUCCCCAUGGCCAUAUCACAUCCCUGGCUGUGAAGCGCUCGCACAGACGUUUGGGUCUGGCUCAGAAGCUGAUGGAUCAGGCCAGCCGAGCCAUGAUAGAAAAUUUCAACGCUAAAUACGUCUCGCUUCAUGUUCGCAAAAGCAAUCGAGCAGCUUUACACCUGUACUCCAACACACUGAAAUUCCAGAUUAGCGAAGUAGAACCUAAAUACUAUGCAGACGGGGAGGAUGCUUACGCCAUGAAGAGAGACUUGGCCCACAUGGCUGAUGAGGUCCCACAGCUGAGGAAGCCUGGGGUGCGCGUGCUGGGCCAGGAGGCGCCGUCCGCCCAGAGUCUGUCGGGAUCCGGCGACCAGGAGAGAGAGGGGGAGAGAGACAGCGGGGGAGAGAGCAAAGAGCUGAGCGAAGUCAGCGAGGCCACAGAAAGCACAGAUGUUAAAGAUUCCUCCUCCGACUCGCAAUGACACCGCCAUCCUAGCAAUUUUUAAAUUCAUCACUCGCUUCCCCUUUUUAUCUCCCAUUUGACAAUAUUUUUGGCUUUACAAACUGUGACCAUCUGUGCAUCUAAGCCGUUCACACAUUAUCACUGUUUUGUUUUCCUUUUUUUUUCUUAUUUUUGGGCGGGAAGGGGCUCAGAUCUCUCUUUACACUUUUGUGACCAGCAGAGGAGACCUGGAGGGAGAUGAAACGAAUGGAAAUGUUUUCUGAGUGAAACUGGUCUCAAAGAUUUUAAUGGACCGCUGUUGUUGUUGCUAUGAUGGGCCACAGCUCCUGUUAAGAUUUACAAAACAACUGAAAGCAUAAAACGGUGAUUUUCAAUUUGUCUCAAUCAGGUCUCUCAAGUAUUUCACCAAAAUACUUCAAAUAAACGUUUCAAAUAAUA